AUGGCUCCGUCAGCCAUUCCCGCAGCUGAUCUUAGGACAUUCUCGGAGUACCUAAAAGGACGUAAACGUAUACUCGCACUUCUAGGAGCUGGCAUCUCAGCCUCAUCGGGGCUUCCUACCUUUCGAGGAGCGGGGGGUUUAUGGCGAACCUACGAUGCGACUGAUCUGGCGACGCCCGAAGCAUUCGAAGCCAACCCAGACCUUGUGUGGCAGUUUUAUAACUAUCGGAGACAUAUGGCGCUGAAAGCACAGCCGAAUCGAGCGCAUUAUGCGUUAGCAGAGCUCGCUAAAAGAAAUAAAAAUUUCAUUACCUUGUCGCAAAACGUCGACGGUCUCUCACAACGAGCAGGGCAUCCAUUAUCCCAACUUCACCUUCUCCACGGUUCCCUCUUCACCGUUAAAUGCACAUCUUUCUACUGCAGUUACUCCCGUGAGAACGACUUCACUGAUCCAAUAGUUCCUGCUCUCGCGAUACCGAAGAACGUUCCAGAGCCCAAGCCAUCGACGGACGAUAAGACGGGCGAGGAAGCUUCUACGUCUAUAUACAAUGCAUUAGGGAUACCGGAAGGUGAAGAAGUUGAUAUUUCUGAUGACCGAGUUCCGCUAGCUCCGCUGAGCUCUGAUGUCCUUCCACAUUGCCCAGAGUGCAAAGAUGGACUCUUGCGACCAGGGGUGGUAUGGUUCGGAGAGAGUUUGCCGUUACAAACCCUCGACAUGGUGGAUAGCUGGAUGAGGUCUGGUCCGAUCGAUUUAAUACUAGUGAUUGGUACAAGCUCCAGGGUGUACCCUGCUGCAGGCUAUGUCGAUAAGGCUAGGGCGAGAGGCGCUAGGGUUGCGGUGGUCAAUAUGGAUCGGAAUGAUGUAGGAUCUUCGGGGUUAAAACCAGGUGAUUGGUUCUUCCAAGGCGAUGCAGGUACCAUCGUUCCAGAAAUCUUAAAGGAAAUCAUUGGGGAGAUCUGA